AACAUACAGAAUCAUGUAAUCUGUGAAUAAAUGCAGUUUUACUUCUUCCUUUUUAGUUUGGCCCCUUUUUGGCCUUAAUGCACUAGCUAGAAUCUCUAGUUCAGUGUGAGGCAAAAACAGAUAUCCUUGCCUUGUUCCCAGUGUCAGGAGGAAAGCAUUCAGCCUCUCACCAUUUGUAUUUGAUGGUUGGCUAUAGGUUUUUUACAGAUGCCCUUUACCAGGUUGAGUAAGUUCCAUAUAUACCCAGGUUACUUAGAGUAUCUAUCAUGGGUGGGAAUUGUAUUUUGUCAGAUGCUUUUUCUGUGUCUAUUGAGAUGAUUAUGUGUUUUUUGUCUCUUAUUCUGUUAAAUAUGGUGUAUAACAUUAAAUUCAAAUAGUACCCUAACCUUGCAUUCCUGGAAUAAAUCCUCACUUAGCUAUGGUAUGUAAUCCUUUUUAUAUGUUGUUGAGUAUGGUUAGCUAAAACUUCAAGAAUUAUAGCUUUCUUUUGAUGUCUUUAGGCUUAUGGAAUGAGUUGGAAAAUAUUCCCUCCUGUUUUUUGAAAGAUUGGUAUUAUUUUUUCUUUAAAUAUUUGGUAAAAUUCACCAGUGAAACCACCUGGGUCUGAGCUUUUCUUUGAGGAAAAAUUUUAAAUUCUGGAUUCAGUUUUUUGGUGUAGAUCUAUUCAUAUUAUCUCUUUCUUCUUGGUUCAGCUUUGGUAAUUUACAUCUUUCUAGAAAUUUCCAUUUCAUCUAAAUUGUCUAAUUUGUUGGCAUAAAAUUGUUCUUUUGUAUCAGUAGUGGUGUCCCUUCAUUCACUCAUCACUUUGUAAUUUGUGUCUUCUCUCUUUCAUCAGUAUAGCUAAGGGUUCAUCAGGUUUUUUUCUCAAGAACCAACUUUGAGUUUCAUUGAUUUUCUCUAUUGUUUUUUCUGUUUUCUUUUUCAUUAAUUUCUGCUUUUAUUUUUUUUCUUCUGAUUGCUUUGGUUUUAGUUUUCUGGUCUUUUUCUAAUUUUUUAAGGUAACCCAAAAACCUGUUUCUGUCAAGUCGAUUCUGACUCAUAGUAACCUAUAGGAGAGAGUAGACCUGCCCCAUAGGGUUUCUAAGGAGCAACUGGUAGAACGGAACUGCAGACCUUUUGGUUAGCAGCCAAGCUCUUAACCACAGUGCCACCAGGGGUCCUUUUAAGGUAAAGGUUAGGAUAUUUCUUUGAGACCUUUCUGUGUUGUCCUACAGAUCUCUGAGGCUGUGUUCAUUUUUCUUCAGGUUUUUUUUUUCUCUCUGUUCUUCAGAUCUUCAGAUAGUAUAAUUUUUAUUUACCUGUAUUCAAGUUUGAUAUUGAAGUUGUCAAAGAUUUCAUUCCACUUCAAUCAACAAUCAACACCCAUGGAAGCGGCAGUCGAGAAGUCAAAUGAUGUAUUGCAUUGGGCAAAUCUGUGGCAAAAGACCUCUUUAAAAUCUUAAAAAGUGAAGAAGCCACUUUGAGGACUAAGGUGCAUCUGAGCCAAGCCAUGAUCUUUUCAGUCACUUUAUAUGCAUAUGAAAACUGGACAAGGAAAAAGGAAGACAGAAAAGAAUCAGCACAUUUGAAUUGUGGUGUUGGCAAAGAAUGUAUUGAAUAUACCAUGGGCUACCAGAAGAAUGAUCAAAUCAGUCUUGGAGGAAGACUGGAGGAAGGAAGCCAGAAUGCUGCUUAGAAGUAAAAAUGAGAUCCUGCGGAUCAUUCAGUUGGACCUAGACCUAAAGUAUAAGACCAACAUCCGGGAGUUGUUUGAGGAGUUUGACAAUUUCCUGCCAGGUGCCGUCAUUGGCAUAGCCAGAGAGAUGCAGCCGGUGUACAGGCACACAUUCUGGCAGUUCCGCCAUGAGAACCCCAAGACACGGGUUGGGGGCCCUCCCCCUGAGGGGCUCCCUGGCUUCAACAGCGGAGUGAUGCUGCUGAACCUAGAGGCCAUGCGCCAGUCCCCAGUCUACAGCCGCCUGCUGGAGCCGGCGCGGGUGCAGCAGCUCGCUGACAAGUACCACUUCCGAGGCCAUCUCGGGGACCAGGACUUCUUCACCAUGAUUGGUAUGGAGCACCCUGAGCUCUUCCACGUGCUGGACUGUACCUGGAACCGGCAGCUUUGCACCUGGUGGAGGGACCAUGGCUACAGUGAUGUCUUUGAGGCCUACUUCCGGUGUGAGGGCCACGUCAAGAUCUACCACGGGAACUGCAACACGCCUAUCCCUGAGGACUAGUGCAUCCCUGCCUGCCACUCCCUCAGGGCCUCUGGGUCUGGAGGAAGGAAAGGGCCACCUCUGGGACAGGCCCCCAGGGCAGUGGGUGAACUCCUACAGAGGCACUGCAGGGCCGUCCUUUGUGACCCAGGUGCUGUAGACCUCCCAUCCCAUGGGCUGCUGUCCUGGGGCCACCCAGUGAGGGUGGCCUGCAGAUUGCUGGUCCUUGGGACCUUUUUACUCCAGGGCACAGGGCAUCAUGAAGGACAGUUAAUAGCUGGAAGACAGUGCAUCUGAAGAGAAGGAAGGAAAGAGAAAGAUACCCCUUGCCUCCAGUCCCCAAGGAAUGAAAACCCUUUAAAGAACUAGCCUUUCUUGGACCAAAAAAGAAACCUAAUUUAAAUUGACAGGUUUUCAUCAUUUUGCAAGAAAGAAUAAACCGUACUGCUGUAGCUCCUGGUGAAUUCUAAAUGAGCAAGACGGAUUUUACCAACCAGCCCAGAGCUUAAGCAUCCAAGUGAAUGCAAUGCCAUCCUUCACGUAUGCUGUAGGAGGCUGUGUACGUAUUCCCAGGAGCCUCAUAUUGCUUGACGUAGGUUUAAAGACCCCCACCUCUUGGGAGGGUCUUCAGGGCCAGCCUGUGGCCCACGUAAGAACUGUUGUAAUUAUUUUAGGAUUCAUAGUAUUUCUUUUAUCCCCCAGCUGUACCUCAGAACCCUACUACCCCUUAUUCAUCCAAGCCGGCUCUUGUAACCAGACCGUGCCCAGAAAUCAAACUUGCCACCCCAAGGACAUGUAAUAGAAUUCCCUGGCCUGGGAAGACUCAUCCCAAAGAGGAGCCAAGCAAUCCAUGAGUGCCACCAUGGGGGCUUGGAAGAGGGUGUUGCUCCUCGGUGUAUCAGCAUUCUAUUCCGUGUUUAAAAAAACCAGCCUUGUUACUUUUUUUUUUUCACCAUGUCAGACUCUAUAUCUUAGUAGAAGUUAGAGUGUCAUUUCUUGCUUUCUUCUUUUUGGUCCAUUUUGUAUAGUCCAGCUGAGGUCCUUGGCGGGGAGAAAUGUCAUUGUAUGUUUAUUUUACGGGCGGUCCCCAGAUUAUGAAUGAGUUCUGUUUCUAAAUCUGUCUUUAAGAUGAAUUUGUACUUAAGUUGGAACAGUUAUGUACAGUUUGUAUCUAACAUCAGUUAGCCAAAUGUUUGUCUCAGUAUAUAGCAUAUUGUGUACCUUUCUAUGCAUAAAAAUCAUUGAAGAAACACUUCAGAUACACCAAAACAUCUUUAACAUAAUAAUAUGGUAAUAAUAAUAAUGUUUUGAUGUGUGUCUCAAAAUAUCGCCCAUUUGUUAUUAUGAACCAUCGUACAUACCUCGAAUUUUUAACAUAACAGGCUUUACAGGGAUUGGUUAGUAACUAUGGGUUGUAUGUGAUUUGUACGUAAGUUGGACAUUCGUAACCCGGGGACUGCUUAUAUUUUAUUUCAAUUUCAUUUACCUUUUCAAUUUCUUUUCACCAUGAAUGAGAAUAGCUAAUAAAUAACCUUUGAGAACACAAUGACUUAUGUUGUUUGUUUAUGAUGUUUGUUCUCUGAUCACAGCAUGAAGGUUCUGAACCAAGCUUCUAAUCAAUGUCAGUCAGGCUUCCUCGUCGUCACGUGAUCAAGCUAAGGCGCUCACAGCAGGUCUUUAAGGACCAUAAGGGCGAGUGUCUGGAAGGAUAUCGGGGAGGGUAGUGUUGUUGUAGGCUGAAGGUAGAGAAUCGUUGCAUACUAGGUAUCCACAGGGCCAUCUUGCCCUGUGGACAAUGACCCCAUCCUUCCAUCCUUUUUCAUUCCUUUUGCCCAAAACCAUCCAGUUACAUCAUCCCCUUAUCAAGUGGAGCCCGUUUCUCUCUUAAGUCUCUGCUAUGACAGAACCAGUCUGUUCUCUUAAUUAUUUGAUUCCCUAUUUGUAGCUACCGAUUAUUGAAUGCCAACUAUGUGCCAAGCAUUAUCCUGGGGGCUUUAUAUACACUACCAGUACCACUCAUAAAAACAUCAUGAAGGUAACUCAAAUUCUAGCAUUUAUUGUUAGAAAAUAGUAAGAGACUGAGUCAUCUACUGCACUGUUCACCAUGGUAUUUUUAUAACAGAAAAAAAUUUGAAAGCAACUUGAAGUAUUGAAUAGGGAAGUGGAUAAAUAAUGUAUGUUACAUCUGUAUAAUGGAAUACUUUAGGUGGCCAUUAAAAGUCAUUUUUUAUUGUGCUUUAAGUGAAAGUUUACAAAUCAAGUUAGUCUCUCAUACAAAAACUUAAACACACCUUGCUAUGUACUCCCAGCUGCUCUCCCCCAAUGAGAUAGCAUACUCCUCCUCUCCACUCUGUAUUCCCUGUGCCCAUUCAGCCAGCUCCUGUCCCCCACCCCCUGCACCCCAGGGCUUCUCAUCUUGCCUCCAGACAGGAGCUGCCCACAUACUCCUCACCAGUAUCAUUUUCUGUCUAAUAGUCCAGUCCAAUCCCUGUCAGAAUAGUUGGCUUUGGGAAUGGUUCCAGUCUUGGACUAACAGAAGGUCCGGGAACCAGGACCUCUGGGGUCCUUCUAGUCUCAGCCAGACCAUUAAGUCUUGUCUUUUUGUGAGAAUUUGAGGUCUGCAUUCCACUGUUCUCCUGCUCCAUCAAAGAUUCUCUGUUGGGUUCCCUGUCAGGGCAAUCAAUCAUCGGUUGUAGCUGGGCACCAUCUAAUUCUUCUGGCCUCAGGCUGAUGUAGUCUCUGAUUUAUGUGGCCCUUUCUGCGUCUUAGGCUCAUAAUUACCUUGUGUCUUUGGUGUUCUUCAUUCUCCUAAAAGUCAUAUUUUUAAGACUAUUUAAUGCUUUGGGAAAUGCUAUGGUAUGUUAUUAAGAAUCUAAAAUAUGAAAUUAUAUGUAUAGUAUGAUCCUAAUUUUAUUUUUUUUUAAUUACAUAUAUCUGUGUGUGUAUACACAUACAUAUACAUGUAUGUGUGUGUGUAUAGAGAGCAAGGGAGCAAACCUAUUCUACUAUAUUCCAAUAGUUGAACUCCUGAGAAACCAUGUGUUUCAAACACUGAGUUAUAAAAACAAUUAUUUUAAUGGGGAAAAAAGUGGGUUAAAGGCUAGAAAAUUUUAGGCUCACAAUAAUAAACAUAUUUUUUCCUGCAAUAAUUUCAGUAAUAAAGAGUUUCUAUAGCUUUAAGUGUAUUUUGUUAUUGCCAGGAAAAAAGGCCAAGUGCUAAACAAAGUCUCCUUGUAUACUUUUGAGAUCACCCACCCCGGAGCUUCCCCUUCUUCCACCACCAGUGACCUUGACCUUCCAGCUCCAUGGUAAAUGGCAAAAUAAUACUCCACAGGAAAUCUAACCAGACCAGCAAGGCAACUGUGUGAUCCUGUGCUUUUCCUCAAACAGUUCUUGACAAAUCUUGGGUAUACCGGUUCCUUAUUGGGGUUCUGUUAAAAAUCAGUGUAAUGCAAACAUAAUCAAUUAUGUUUCAUUUUGCCCUAUGAAAGCUAGAACAGAAGUCUGAAAAUAGAGCAUUUCUGUGUACUAGGAUUAAGUUUUUUUUUUU